AUGGAAUCAUUUCCUAAAGCAUCAACCAUGGCGUGCCGGCUUCUUCCCACUCUGCAUUUGUUACUGAUUUUGGAGUCGAGCUGGGGUACAGUCGUAUCUGAGGAUCUUGGUGACGCCGUGCCUCAAGGUGCCGAUGUCCCGCGGCCUUUGGAUGAGUGCUUAUUUGCGCACGAAAGCGCAAAACGCGACAUGGUCUCCAUCAACAUGUUCAAAGUGUACGAGAAGUACAGUAAAGAGCCGCUGAGCCAGAGGGACGCGAACACUGUGAGAAGCUUCAGAGCUGUCCGGAGAGUCUUGCACGGCAAAGACGUAUUCCAGUUCAACUUGUCCUCCAUCCAAGAAUCAGAGCUCGUCCUCCUUGCUUCUUUUCAUUUCCUCUACAAGCGGCCCCGCCACCACCAGCGACCGUGGCGUUUCCGAAGGCCUCGCCACCCAUCCACCGGCCUCCAGCAUUCUCCCUCCCCGCAGCUCCUCUUCCACGGAUCCUCCGCAAACUCAACUUUUGCAGCAUCGCUGGGAAACAUAACUCUGGCUCCUUUCAAGAAAGGCUCUUGGCAAUCAAGGGAUAUAACGGCGGUGGUGAAACAUACCAGGGAUGUCAAAGAGCUUGUGAUCACAGUGGAGUUUGACAUGGAGUCUGAGGCUCCUCGGGGGCAGCAGAAGAGCCCUCACGUCCUUGGGCACCUCUCUCCAGCCAACCCGCCGUACAUCUUGAUAUACGCUGACGAUCGAGCUAUAGAUGAGCCGAACAGCGUGGCCAUGUCUCUCCAGCGCUACGGGCCCUUCCCUGUAGCGGAGGACGCGUCCUCCUCGGCUUCAGCCUCAAGGAUCCGGAGGGAGCUUCCUCUGAAGAUUCAAACCAACAACAUACCGGAGGUCCAGUACAACACCUUGAAGAAUCAUGAACUUUGGCAAAACACGUAUUUCCCAGCGAAAGCCAAAGCAGCAGUGAAACCAGGAAGGAAGCUGGGUCAGGAGAGCAGCGAGGGCCUGGGUAAGCCCCAGGUGCUGAGCUUUGAUGAGAGGACGAUGAAAAAGGCCAGGAGGAGGCAGUGGAGCGAGCCCAGGGUUUGCUCCAGGCGUUACCUCAGGGUGGACUUCGCUGACAUUGGUUGGAGCGAGUGGGUCUUGGCGCCAAAGUCUUUUGAUGCCUACUACUGCGCCGGGGCCUGUGGAUUCCCCAUACCCAAAGUGGUGCGUCCUUCCAAUCACGCCACCAUCCAGAGCAUCGUCAGAGCGGUGGGAAUCGUCCCCGGCGUCCCCGAGCCGUGCUGCGUUCCAGAGAAGAUGAGUCCCCUCAGCGUUCUAUUCCUGGAUACAAACAGGAAUAUGGUGCUCAAGGUUUACCCCGGCAUGUCUGUGGAUACCUGCGCCUGUCGGUAGGCCCGGAGCAGCCGGACCGAUGAAGAUUAAACUAUGUUUCGACAGCUGAGGAUAAACUGAUACGACGUGCAGAGCUCUAUUCCUUGAGUCUCGGCUGGAGAACUCUUUUAUGAAUCUUGUACUCGUCUCUCAUCAUCGGACUCUGACUCAACUCUUCCCUACUUAUCUAACAGAUGUGUUUUUCUCCACCCAGUCCACCUUCAUUUAUUUUUCUUUUCAUCCAGAAGCAGUUCAAAUAAGUGCACUUAAUACAAACCUGUGUGUGUAAUGUAUUGAUGUAUUGUAUCUACUGCUGGUCGAUCUUCAUCUCUGUUGAUCCUUCCGAAGCUUUUUUAGUCUUUAAAGGAAUAUCUCACCCCCAAAAUGACCUUUUGUAUAUAAAUGACUCACCCUGUGAGACUUUGAAUGCUUAUCGCAUGUCUCCAAAGUGAAGGAUGCUUAACACGUGCAAUCGUGAGACUGUUUAUGUGUUUAUGUCAUUUAGUGGGUGAAGUAUUCUUUAAAGUUUUCCGCACACUUUCACUUUUAUAAAGUGAUCUUGCCUGUUUUAAUAUGAGACAAGAUAAGACUUGACUUCCUCUGGUCUCAGACCUGGACUCCUGACACACACUGAUGAACUGCAUUUACAUCCUGCACAGUUAAUCAACCCUCGCCGUGUAAAUACUGUAGUUACUAAUGCAAACUAAAUGGUACUUAUUCUUAAGCGAUGUGUCGCAUUGUUGCCAUUGAACGCUUCCCAUUUAUUAGCGAGAAUUACUCAUGCACGAGAGGUAAUUCUUUGAACUAUAUUCCAAUAGCCAUUUGUUUAUAUCUUGUAUAUAAUGAGCGUAUUUUGACAUCUACUGAGAUUUAUUGUUGUACAAGCUUUGUGUAGAGGCUGUUACAGCCCAGAGGAGAAAACAGCGCGUUGCUGCCACCUGCGGUGCAUUUUGGGUAAAUUUAAGAGACGUUUUAAAAGGAGAAAGUUAUGGUACUUCCUGUGGCUGUUGAGUAUUUCCCUUUAAUACAUAAAUACUGUUGAUCAAAGAUGACGUGUACAGUUUGUAAUAACAGUAGACUUCCAUGGUGAGUAAUAAAGGAUAAAUGUAUCCGACCUUAUAACUGUAUUAUAUGGCUAAAAGUGUAUUUGAAUAGUUAUGUGACAUA